AUGCCGGCUUUCCGUACCGCUCUCCAACUCAUGGCUUUCUCUGUCCCAACAUUCGCCACGCUGUGGUCAUACGAAGGAUCCAAGUCACAGAUUCCUAUGUACUCGGAAAUAAGCACCAAAAUAUAUGAUGGGGCUCUGUGGCGAUUUGAAACGGAGAACCAGGAUGUAUUCCAAUGGACGCUACGAGUCGCGCAGGACUAUUCUCUGGACGUAUGGAGAGCCUCUGGGGACUAUGUCGACGUAUACACCGCAGGGGACUCAGUCAUCCCGAAGGCCCUGCUCUCAGUUCCCCACACCAUUUCAAACCUCAGCACUACCGUCCGGACACCGUCGAGGGACUCGUAUACCAAUGCUAUCGACCGUUGGAACCUCACGAACCUUGAAAAUACGACGUAUCACGCUGCAUACCACCCUUCAUGGGAGAUCGACGAGUUCAUGCACACGCUCGCAGAGCUGUAUCCCGACGAAGUGACCGUCCUGAGACUCGGGCACACGGCGAUGGGGUGCGAAAUAUACGGCCUGCAGAUCUCUGGAGACACGAAGGCCAGCAAAGCGAAGCCUGGGUUCCUCAUCACCGGUGCUCAGCAUGCUCGCGAGUGGGUCGCUAUUUCGACGGCGCUCUAUCUCUCCCAUGCGCUUGUGAGCAACUCAUCCGAGUCGCAGUCAAUGAGAGGGCUACUGGACGACUUCGACUUCUACGUCGUCCCUUCGCCGAAUCCCGACGGGUAUGACCAUACGUGGGAGACGGACCGAUUCUGGUACAAAAACCGCCAGGUCGUCGACCCGGUCUCGCCCUGCGUUGGUAUAGACACGAACCGGUGCGGAUACAAGUGGAAACCCCAUUCGGCGUUGGGAAACCUGGGGAAAAAGAAAAAGAAGCCCGUGCCGGACGACCCGUGUUCGACCUGGUAUCCCGGCCACCGAGCGUUUGAGGCGCCCGAAGUGAACAACCUCGCCAACUUCGUGAGCACAUUGAACGGCGCGGGAGGGCCUCAUGCGAAGAUCAAAGCUUUCGUCGACUUGCGAAGUUACGGUCAGAUGCUGUCGACCCCAUAUUCAUUCUCGUGCAAACGCAUGCCGAAGGACGCAGAAGACCAGCUUGAGGCUGCACUCGGGAGCGUUCAGGCUUUGAAAGUCAAGCACGGUACGAUAUUCAAAACCGGCAACCUGUGCUCUACGUUAUACAGAGCUCCGGGAAACAUCGUCGACUGGAUGUACGCUCGUGCCGGGAUCAAAUACUCCUAUGCUGCCUUCCUUCGUGAUACCGGGACGUAUGGUUUCUCGCUACCCGCGGAAUGGAUUCGCCCGGUUGGCGAGGAGACGGGCAAGAUGAUAGAAUACCUCGCAAAGUUCAUUGCUAAACGGCAGAAAUGA